AUGCCUGCUCUUCCAUUCAACUCGUCCGCUUCUUCGUCACCCUCAUCUUCACCUACUUUGUCGCCUACCAUGACGCCUUCAAUAGUUCUCCAUCCCGCAUCGGCAGGUGUUUCAUCACAAAAGAAGGAGCUUCUUAAGCCAAAGGAAGACCCUGCGCAGGCGUAUCGCAUUCGUUAUGCGCAGUACCUCGCAGCCACCUUUGGCUUCUCGAUGCAGGCCGCGCUCGCCGAGGCGGAUAGCCAGCUUGCGCCGCGCCGUUCGUCGAGUUCGAGUAUGUCGGAAGCUGAAUCGUUACGCGCGAUCUGA